UUGUGAUGUUUACAUGGGUUCCGGCCUUCCAGGUUCAUUUACUUGAUAUAUUCAUACUUACCUUGGCAUCAUUUUCAUGUAGAAUCAAAAUGGGCAGCGAUCAAAAUGGCACAAGAAAAAGACAUAGGCAUUCCUAUGAAUCCUACCGGGGAACAAAUAUUAAGAAAACCAAAGCAAAGGUUCAGUUUGCAGACCUUUCUGAGGAUCUAAUGUCUAUGAUUCUAUCAAAACUGCCAUUAAAGGACGCUGUAAGGACUGGCAUUCUAUCAAGUAAAUGGAAAGAUAGGUGGAAGAUAUGCCCCAAACUAAGAUUUAAUGUUCUCACAGUGUCCAACGAUGUGUUUUAUGAGCGACAACACACUCAGAAAUUCAUUAAGACUGUUAAUGCAGUCAUGCAACAACAUCAAGGCACAUUUGUUGAAGAGCUCAUGAUCAAAUUUGGAUAUGACAACAGGCUAGUGAAUCAUAUCAAUACUUGGGUUGCUUUUGCUGUAUCGGCCCAGACAAAGAGUCUUGCCCUUGAUUUACCGCCGGGCGAUUUGUUGGUACCGCAAGUGGAUCAAUACAUAUUUCCUUUUAAUCUUUUAGAUAACAGAAGCAUAUUUUGGCUUCGUCAUCUGCAACUUAGUUUUGCAUCAUUUGAACUACCUCCUCAAUUCAAUGGUUUCCCGAAUCUAAGAACACUUGACUUGCUCUUGUUACGUGUCACUCGGAAGGAUCUUCAAGAUUUGCUAUCAAAUUGCAUUAAUCUUGAGUGGUUUAGUAUGGUUAGAUGCCACUUGAAUGACGAGCCGACAGUGGUUCGUCCAUUGUCAAAGUUAUUAUACUUGCGUGUUGGGCACUGUAAGAUAACAAAGAUAGUACUAAAUGCGAUGAAACUCAAAACAUUCAUGUUCUAUGGGCGGUUGUAUCCUGUUGACCUUGGGGAUGUUGCAGACCUAAAACAUGCAUUUCUUGAUUUAUAUACCCCAAUGACUCUUGAAUAUGCCUUGUCUGUACUUCCCAAAGUGCUUCCAAGUGUUCAAGAUCUGACAUUGCGUGCAUCUUUUGAACUCAAGGUUUGUUAUCUUACACUCCACUCUAAUAUGUAAGUUGGUUUUGCUAGGUUUUUUGGGCAGAUGC